CCCGCAGGGCUGUCCGCGGUGCCCGCGUCGGCCCCUCUCGCUCGUCGUCCUGGACCAGGGCCAGGGCGCCCGCGGUCUGUCCGACCGCGCGUGGAUGCUGGGGCACCUCGGCUUCGUGGCGCGGCUGCUGUGCGCGGCGCUGGUCGCCCCGCGGCCGUGCGUGCUGCUGGCCUCGCAGCACAACGGCGGCCACCGCCUGAGCUGCAACGUCUCCUGGGGCCGGUACUUCGACCUCGAGGAGUUCUCUGUCUUGCGGGAGCAGGGCGACGCCGAGCCCGAGGGUGCCUUGGCGAUUGGCCCACAGGGCAGCGUGUCGGAGCAGUACACGGCGGCCAGGGCCGCCGCCAUCGGGGGCAGGCCGUUCGUGUGGAGGCUCAAGGAGUACUACUACUCGAAGGCCUUCCAGGCCGCACGGGACGCGCUGGUGCAGCCCGACCUGCGCGGCUGUGCCGCCUGGGCGCCGCGCUACUUCCGAUCGGAUCUCCCCGACCUGGAAGCCGUCUCCAGCUGGGAGCUGGGGUGGCUGAGGUACAGGCAGCCCGGGCCCUCGGCGUUCGUGGCUGCGCUGAGGGACAAGUUCCUGGCGGGCGUGCCGCUGAUGCCCGGUUCAUACAACGCGUUCCACCUCCGAAAGGCGAACGACGACCACGGCUGCGACACGAGCGUCGCAAAGGUUGUGGCCUACUUGGCGUGCUCCCUGCAGGGGGACGCCUCCGCCCUCGUGGUGCUCUCCGAGGCUCCAGCAGAGGAGGUCAGGCAGAUCGAGCGGGAGCUGUCGCGCUCCACGCCCCUCCGACUCUUUGUGCACGCGGACCCUGGCCUGGCGGCGCUGGCGCGGGACGUGGCCGCCGAGGGCCCCGACAACUUCCUCGUCUACGCCGCGGGGCAGGCCGUGCUCGGCCUGGCGCGGCGGCAGCUCCAGCGCCGGAGGCGGCUGCACUGCACCGCCUGCGACCCGCCCUGAGCCCGCGCCGGGCGGUGGCGUCGGCGAGGCGGACGCUCGGUGGCCGGGCGCUGAGCGCUGGCGGUGGCGCCUUGGUCAGGGCUCGAGCUCCGUCGUCGCGGCCGCGGGGGCCGGGUGGGCCGCGGCCGGAGGCCUCCCGGCCCUUCGGCGGGGCCCCCCGCCGCCUCGGCAGGCCGCAGCCCUGCCCCGCCCUCGCCAUGCGCGCCGCCGGGAUUGGCGUCCUGCGACCCGGGCGGCUCCUCGGGGGCGCCACGCCGCAGGAGGAGGAGCGCAGGAGACGGAGGAGCUCCGACUCCGUGCGCGGGUUCGGGUCGGCGCUCUCGUCGAGGCCAAGACCUUCACCAACGGCUCGGUCCAGGAGGCGGCGAAGGCGAUCGUCGGCCAGCUGGGCCGCGCGCAGCUCGGCGGCGUGACGAGAAGCUGGGCUUCGAGAGGCUGCCGCCCCCGAGUCCCGAGCAGGCGACGGCUCGGCGGCUGCCUGCAGCCGUGCGCCCGUCUGGAGGAGGUGGGCCGAAGUCGGGCACGUCCCUCUACAGGAUGAAGAUAUAGUCAGGGGACGAUUACUCAUUUGUUUGUUGUGUGUUGGGCGUAUUUUUUGAAUAUGUUCGAUUUUCCCACCAAAGCCCGCCUGCACAUGCCCGACAUAAAGGUGGACGUGAGAGACUGCAGUAUCGGCCCUGCUGCUGCUGGCGCUGAGGCGUUUACGGGAGCGAUGCCCUCCAUGCCCACCCUGCACAAUUCAGCCACGCGCAGAGGGGGAACGGGGGAUGGGGAAAGGCUUCUUUGAAAAAGGCUUCCCCCAUCCCCCUACGCCGUUGUGCGCGCCGCCAAAGCGUCCUGAGCAACAGCGAACCUGGCGAGCGCACCGGCCCUUGUAGAUUGUGCUGCUCUCCGCGCAAGCGGCCUGGGAGUGCUGGUCCUGGACAGCCGCCGUAUCGGCGGCGGCGGUGCAGGGGCCCUGGCGGGGGCGUCGUCCUCUAUGCCCACCUGCGCCAGCUGUGCCCGUCGGUCGUUGAAAGUGGGCGGUCCUAGGGAGUCCCAGAUCCCGCUCUGCUUCAAGCGCUUGCCUCCUCCAAGAGCCGACCUGCUUGUGCUGCGUGCCGUGCUGUUUUCUGAAAAAAAGAAGAAUGCCCGGGCCGCACCUCUGCCCGGUCCGCCCUCCUACGUCGCGCUUCUGCCUCCCUCUUCCGGCCGCCGCGUGCCCGAGCCAGCGUCG